AUGUUUACACCUGUCGAAACGUCCCUUGGAGCGCUGCUGCUCUUCCAGAGCUCUUCGGGCCUCCUCCUACACAAUGGUGCUGUCUUUGGCAUCUCAUCCCUUCUGUCAGGGUGUGUCUUCAACCCCAGUCACGAUAAUGUUCCCAUCAUCGCGGGCUUGGCCUCCAGUAUAGCCUCGAUCUAUCUGUUUGCGCCAUCUCUGAUACCUAUCUACCCAUCCGCACCGAAUUCGUGGGCAUCCGUUGCUUCCACGCUCGGAACGGGAUUCUUGUUAGGCUGGGGAACAAAGAAUGAUCGUGGGUGCACAUCAGGCCACAUGCUCUGCGGUGUGUCCCGCCUCUCGCCGCGCUCCUUGAUCGCAACAGCUAUCUUCUUCGCCACCGCGCUCCUCACAGCCAACUUUGCCAACGGAGGCCAGAAUAUCCCGCCGUGUCCCACCGGUGUUCCCUGCUACACCCCAACAUAUCCGUCGACGGAGGAGCUCAUAUUCAUGAUCAGCACCGUCGCCCUCACAACCCUGAUCAACUUUGUAAUCGUUCCCCGGUUCCUGCAUCGGUCGAAGAAAUCUAGGACUGUCUUCUCAUAUCUGGCCGGCCUGCAGUUCGGUCUGGGCCUGUUCAUCACCGGAAUGGCCGAUCCCGCCAAAGUGCUGCGCUUCUUCGCCGUUCUCACAGAUCCAUCUCGGUGGGAUCCUUCGCUCAUGCUCAUCAUUCUUUUCGCCGUCGGCCCAUCGCUUGUGACGUAUCUCAAGGCCGUGAAACCUGUACUCACGAAGGAAGAAGCUGGAGGGAAAGAUGCCGGCAAACCCACCCUGGCGGACAAAUGGAGACUUCCUACAUUAACGGUGGCGGAUAUCGAUUGGCGCUUUGUCACUGGGGCCGUGGCAUUCGGCGUUGCAUGGGGUCUACGAGGUGUAUGCCCAGGACCUGCAGUUUUGCGCUCUAUCCUUCAACCGGCAUGGGGUAUUGUCGAGAUGACUGGGUACAUGUUGGGAAAUCUGCUAUAG